AUGUAUCGUACAGAUUUUCAAGUUCAUCCCGUCAGUGUCAGCCUUGGCAACUCCGGCUCAGCCUUGCUACAGUCGCCUGACAUGUUGCACUCACUACCUGAACCAAUCCAGAAUUCACAUGGCAUCUUGACACAGCUACUGCCUAUUCCUCAAUCAUCGAAUCAUCCGGGGAGUAAGGCCAGGCAGCUUUCCGACGCCGAGUGGGAGACCUUGAAGCCAUUACUACACACACUCUACAUUAAGGAGAGCAGAACCUUAGCAGCCACCAGGAAGGCUCUUCUCGAACGUCAUGGCCUUAAUCUCAGCCAGAAGCAGCUCACCAAGCGGUUCCAUGACUGGAGCUUCAAGAAGAACGUUAAGCAACACGAGACAGAGGCAUAUCUGCUGGAAGCACAAGACUUGCGGGGAGAAGAAGAAGCUUCUGUAAAUGGAGCCCGGAUUACUGCGGCCAAAUGCGAACGCUGGGAGAAAAGAGCAAGAAUUGAUGAGGAGCAGAAAAGCACUCGUACCAAGAACGCCGUCGAGGCGUUCGACACGCCCUCUAGUGUCACGCACUCAGACAGUGUAUCGUGCAAUUCCUCAACAGAUCUUCCGAGUACUUCGAGACAUGAACAGAGCUCAGAUAUGUUGAUCGUGUCGCCCUCGAAGCCACCGAAAGACCAAGUCAACUCUUUCACGCAUUACGGUAGCACAGAAGACCAACCCUCUCCGUCAUUGUCAGUCUCCUCAACCGAAGCUACAAAUCCUGGAUUCUCUCCAAGCGCGCUCCUGAUGGGCUCGUCCGAGCCAUUAGGUUCUCUAUCGAAUGCUCAUGUAAACAUCGGUACCGUCCAAGAGACAGAACAACACUUCGUAUCGCCUAGUCCCUUACAAUCUUCAGAUCGCGACGUCGAUAUAGUGACUCGUCUCUUCUCGGCACUGAAAAUGAAUCCCAUAAACAUCCCCUUGCACAUCCCACCAACCCAAGCUGUAGCAGAGGUGCUCACACCUGCAACCGAUACUGUCUGCCUGCAAGACUUAGAGGCAUGCAGCCAUGACGGGGGAAUUGUGACUUGGGUCGACAAGCAGGCUAAACCUUACAAAACGGCUUCUUCAGGCAGCACUGAGGUCACCCGUUACCACAACGAAGAGAAGGCUCAACAGGGAACUAUCAUAUUGGUGUCUUACCAAUGCAGCUCAAGAAAGCGCACUACAACUGGCGCACUCAAAUACCCUUCUGUCGAUGUGAUCUUCUCAUCAUCCAGAGUGGUUGAGCUAGAUCCGUUCUCACUGGAGGUCUACCCAUUCCCACAGGACCAAGGAAGGUGGCUCGAGGUACAACCAAUCGCCACGGAAUACGACGUCGAUCGCAUGACACUGAACGACUGCAUUGCCAAGAUCGAUAAGCUGGAGAGCGCUGCUUUGGGGUCAAACAUCACUACGACGGAAUUGAGAUGGAGUUCGGCAAAUGCAUAUUACAACCUUAGCCACUACGACAAAGCUGAACACCAGUACAAACAAGUUCUGCCGGUACUCGAGCAAAUACAUGGACAAAACUCUUGGGACUAUAUCUCUGCUAAGGUACAUCUCGCUGGAUCGGUUCUUCAUCUUGGAAGGUCUCAAGAGGGCAAUCAAAUAGCUCAAGAGGCCCAUGUUCUGGCACGAAGAUUUUUUCCGAGCAGCUUUUUGUAUCAGGAGGCUGCCCGCGUCUUAGCAAACUCUUUUGCAUCCAUGCAUGACUUUGGGAGUGAGGAGGAACUUCUGAGGGAUCUUUUCCAGAUCAGAUUGACCAUCUCCGGCCCUAAACAUGGCAAAACCAUACAAGUCAUACGAAAGCUCUGCAUCCUGCUGACUGAAACAAAGCGACACUCGGAAAGCGAAGCGCUAUUGAGAGUUGCGCUAGAACUCAGCUCGAACGCUACGGGCAUUUCUGAUUGGGAACAAUGUGUCAUGCAGUGCGAACUUGGUAGAUUGCUCUACCACCAGCACAAGUAUGCUGACAGCGAGGCCUUGCUCAGGGACACAGCGAAGAUGUCAGAAAGGCUGCUUGGUAUCGAACAUGAGGAAACACUGAGAUGCAAGACCUAUCUCUGUAGAGUCUUGACAGCCCGAAAGCAGUUUUCAGAAAUUCACAAUAUCCUUCUGGAAACCAUCGAUCUUCACGCCAAAAAAUUGAAUGAGAUCAGAGGGAGCACAAUCGAUGUUAUGGCCAAACUGAGCGUCGUGCUGAUAGAGAUGAGAAAGAUGGACGACGCAUACAAGUGGAUGAAGCAAGCGUUAUGCUACUGUGUAGAAAUCGAUGGAAUUGAGAGCAACCGUGCAGAGCAGUUCCUCGAAGAUUUCAGGAGCAUCGAUGAGCAGGAAGAGCAACACGAGCUCAUUCUGCAUAUGUACGAGGGAAUGGCUUACAAGAUCAGUUGGAUACACGCUGUCCUUCGCAACAGAGUAUUGUCCGCCUUAUCGACUCAACCAUGUCUUCUUUUACUGGACUUCCAGCGCAAAUCCAGCUGCCUAUCAGCACCAGCAACCGACACCAGAUGUCUACACAAUGGGCCCGUCUCGUGA